UAAGUCCACAAUCUCAGGACCCAUUUUCUCCAAGGAGCCUUGUGGGGUGUGAAGGCUAAACAUCUAAAAUGAAACUCCCGAGUCCCUGGUUACUGGCGAUUCUCUUUAUUGUAAGCCUGCACACUGUAGCUGGAGGAGAAAAGCCAUCUGCAUGCCAGUGUUCAAGGAUGGACCCAAAGAACAGAAAGAAUUGUGGUUUCCCAGGAAUUUCUAGUGAACAAUGCUUUGCUUCUGGAUGUUGUUUUGACACUCAGGUCCCUGGUGUCCCCUGGUGUUUCACUCCUCUGCCAAAGCAAGCAUCUGAAGAGUGUGUCAUGGAAGUCAAGGCAAGAGUAAAUUGUGGCUACCCUGGGAUUCCUCUGGAGACAUGCAAAGAACGCGGAUGCUGCUUUGAUGACCACAUUCCCCAAGUGCCUUGGUGCUUCCGUCCUAUUCCUGUAAAUGAUUGCCAUUAUUAAAAUCAUUGACUCCAGAAAACUCAUUUCCCCAAUAAGAUAUUCUGGGAAAAGAAGAAAACAAAGCAUGGACUCAUCUUCCUAAAUUUCAUUUUCAGUAAUUUUAAUAAUUUCUGUGGUGUAUAGAUUAAAGGUUUUGUCUUUUUAUUCUUUUCAAUGGUUGAAUACAUCACUUCUUCAAAUAAAGAGAGCACAUACUAUGUAUUAAACUGCUGUUUGACUCCUCUCAUUUUAAUCUUUGUGCAGAUUUCUACAACUUUUUCUCAUAUUAUUCCUCCUCUUGCCAGUCAAUGAAAAUAUGCUUUUGAAAACAAGAGUAUUUGUCAUUUAAUUUUUAUGAGA